UAAGUCUGUUUUUCGCGAUUUCGGUGCGGUGCGUAAAAUUGGCAAAUUUACUAAAAAUUAUCGAUAAAUACUCAACCACAGCUACGAGAAACAAUGGCCAAACGAGGUCCACAAUCCGCGCUAAACCAUUUGAACUGGGACGAGGAGGAAAAAACGGAAGAGGUCGGUGAAUUCGCGAAAGCCUCCGAGGAUGUUUUAAAACAGCGUGUCAUCAAGAAGGCGCGGCGUCGCAUGGACGGCGCGGCCGAUGCCGACAGUACUGCCCCGGCCACUUCUUCCAUUUUUGGAGCGUUCAAGGGAUUCGCACCGGCGCCGGCGGCUAAAACGGAGGAUGCCGGCACAAAAACCGCCGCCAAACCGUUCUCCUUCCUGUCCGGCUUGGCAACGGGAGCAGCGAAACCGAACGGCAACACCGCCGUGUCGUCGAGUGCCGCCUCCUCCUUGCCCUCUACGACGCCGAUGUUCUCCUUUGGUUCGAAUGCCGGCCCCACACUAACGGAUGCUAGCAAGAAGUUUACCUUCGGAUCCCCGGCCAGUCUACAGCCGGAUAAGAGCACGUCGGAGGCGGCUGCCGGUAGUAAGCCAUCAUCUGGAUUUUCAUUCCUCUCCCCAAAGACCGACACGGAGGGUACGAACAAAAAUCUGUUCGGUAUGGGUUCUCCAUCCACGAUUGGAAGCACAUUUUCCUUUGGCGCAGCUGUUGUGACGAAGGCAGAUACGGCCACCACCGCCCCGACAACUUCCUUGACAUCAUCCGGCUCGGACACGAAACCAACAUUUAGCUUCGGAUCUAUUGGAGCUGCUAAGAAAGAUGAAACCGGAGUUAAACCAACAUUUUCGUUUGGUAGCAUACCGUCACCAACGGCGGCAAAGGCUGCCGAUUCUAGCACCAAAAUCGAUUCACCGGCGACGAAUGAUGACUCCAAGGCACCGGCAGAGAAGAAGGUGACCUACUCGUUCGGAAUGCCCUCAGAUUCGAAGGAAAAUGUGCCAUUGGGGAUGACCCCGGCUGCGGCCAAACCAUCGUUCAGCUUCGGGACUGCAAAGGAGAGCAGUGCAGAAACUGUAAAGAAGAUGUUCAGUUUCAUGGACAAUAAAUCGUCCGCCGGUGAUGCAGACUCCACCAAGAAGAGCACGUUCUCUUUCGGAACGCUGCCACAGAAGAAAGACGAUGGAGCGGAUGAUGGGAAAAAGCCGACGACCGGAUUCUCGUUCGGCACCCUACCGAAACCUGCAUCUAGCUCAGCAGACACCACCGAUGCGGCUGCUAAAAAGACCGUUUUCAGCGGAUUCGGUAUCACGCCAAACAAAGAAUCGGCCGGGUCGGCGGAGGGAACCAAGAAAACCUUUUCAUUCGGAUCACUUCCUCCCAAUGAACCACCAUCACCAGUGGCAACGAAGAGCAGCCCAUUCGGCGGAUUGGCCGGCACUACAUUCGGUACAAAGCCGGCUACGACUGACAAGGACAAAGAGGACAAGUUUAAAAAGCAGGUCGUUGCGCUGAACAAAUCCUUCGUUGCUUGGAUCACGCAAAAUGUAGAAAAAAAUCCGUUCUGCAAGCUGCACGUAGUGUUCCGGGACUAUGAGAAGCACUUCACCAAACUGGAAAGUGACAAAGGGCCAUCAACGACCCCUACUAGUACCACCAUCCCCGCCAACACAACAUCGGAUGCUAAACCGGAAGAGAAAAAAGAUAAGGAGGAGAAUAAGAAAAAAGAAGAAGCUACUACCGACACACCGAAGGAGGUAGCGAAGCCAAUGUUUUCCUUCGGUAGCCUACCUAAGGAACCAUUGGCGAAGGUAUCGUCCCCUGCACCCGGAGGAUUCACGUUUGGCGCAUCCAAACCAUUCAGCUUCGGUAGCCCUCUGGGAGGAAUAGGCUCAACAACUUCAGCGAGCAAUCCGACUGCAAAUAGCACCCCCGUGUCCACGUUCUCGCCAUCUUUCUUUGCGGGUGCUUCCACGUUCGGUAGUAAACCGGCUGCGACAACCGGAUUUACUUUCGGUAACGUAGCCCCACCAGCGUCGACCGAGAGCAAGGCAGGGGAAGGAGAUGGUGAAGAUGGCGAUGACGAGCCGCCAAAGGUGGAAUUCACACCGGUCGAAGAGAAGGACAGCGUGUACUCGAAGCGCUGUAAGCUCUUUGUGAAGGCCGGUGGUAACUAUUCGGAUCGGGGCAUAGGAACGGUACAUAUCAAACUGGUCGACACCAAGGUGCAAGUGCUCGUCCGAGCCGACACUAGUCUCGGAAAUGUGCUGCUCAACAUCAUCCUGAACGAUUCGAUUCCGCUGCAGCGUAUGGGUAAGAACAACGUCAUGAUGAUCUGCCUACCGACACCGGACUCGAAACCUCCGCCAACUUCGGUUCUGCUGCGAGUGAAGACAGCCGAAGAAGCGGACGAGUUGUUUGAAACGUUGAAAAAACAUAAAUCCAAGUAAA